UUGGUUUGGUUCCGGGGGCUCCGGGGAGUCCACUGCGGCGUCGCCACUGCGCUCCACACGCGGACCGGUUUGGUAGUGUGCGCGCGUGCGCGGGCGCGCUUCCCUCCGGGUGAUGUCGGCCGUGAAGGCGCUGCAGCAGUGGUGCCGGGUCCGGUGCGACGGCUACCGGGACGUGUCCAUCACCAACAUGACCACGUCCUUCAGGGACGGGCUGGCCUUCUGCGCGCUGCUCCACCACCACAGACCCGACCUCAUCGACUUUGACUCACUGAAGAAGGACGAUGUUUACGAGAACAACAAACUGGCCUUCAGGGUGGCGGAGGACCUCGGGAUUCCCGCGCUGCUGGACGCAGAAGACAUGGUGGCCCUCAAGGUGCCGGACCGCCUCAGCAUCCUGACGUACGUGUCCCAGUACUACAACUACUUCCACGGACGCUCCCCGAUCGGCGGCAUGGGGGGCAUGAAGAGGCCGGCCGGAGACCCCGCGGAGGGACCCUCCGGGAAGAAGAACCAGCCGGUGGCGGCGAGGCCGUUUCCCGCCGCGUCCAAAGCGGCCAGAGAGAACAGCCCCCCGCCGUCCUCCAACAUCACGAGGCCCCCCCCCUCCCCGAAACCCGCCAGGAACCCCACCAAGCCGGCUGAUGGAGCUGCUCCGGCGGGCACCCUGAGCAACAAAUGUGCGUCCUGCGACCAGCACGUUCACCUGGUGCAGCGCCACCUGGUGGAGGGGAAGCUCUACCACAGGAGCUGUGCAAAGACGCUGUCGGCCGCAAACCCCACCGCCCCCCCCAGAGGUUCCCCCUCAAACGCCCCCGUUGCCGGAUCGGCUCCUCUGGCCGACCGCGGUAAAGCCGCCGCGGCCCCUGCGACCCUGGCGCCCUCCAGGCUGGGCCCGUCGUGGCUGCCGGGGAAAGCCGCCACCUCCUCGUCUCCUUCGCCUCCCUCGCGGCCUCCUUCCAGCGCCUCCCCCAAAGGGACUCGGGCCCCCGUCGCGUCCAAACCCGCGGCGACCACGUCCAUCAACGCCGGCCCCGUCGCCGCUCCCCGUGCCGCCGCCGCAGCGACCUCCAACAACCUGCAGGCCAAGCUCAGGUUCUUCCAGGAGCAGCGGGAUGAGGAGAAAAAGACGCCACCCGCCGCCGCCGCCGUGAACAAAAGGCCGGACGCGGUCCAGGAGGCCGCGGCGGGGAAGCCGGCGUCUCUGGUCGUGGACAAAAGGCCGGGCGCGACCUCCGCGGUCCAGGAGGCCGCGGCGGGGAAGCCGGCGUCUCUGGUCGUGGACAAAAGGCCGGGCGCGACCUCCGCGGUCCAGGAGGCCGCGGCGGGGAAGCCGGCGUCUCUGGUCGUGGACAAAAGGCCGGGCGCGACCUCCGCGGUCCAGGAGGCCGCGGCGGGGAAGCCGGCGUCUCUGGUCGUGGACAAAAGGCCGGGCGCGACCUCCGCGGUCCAGGAGGCCGCGGCGGGGAAGCCGGCGUCUCUGGUCGUGAACGUCGCUGGUUUCGGCAGAAAAAAGGACGCGAGCGUUGCCGCGGUGAACCCGGGGGGGGGGGACGCGGCCAGAGCGGCGGCAGGAGGCGGGGCUCAAAAGUCCAAAGCGUCGGCCGCGGCUUUCAUCUCCAAAAAACUGUCCGAGGAGAACAACGACGCGGCUAAGCCGUCGUGGACGAGCGUGACGCUGAAAAAACCCGCCGCACCCCCCCAGGUGGAGACCCCGAAGAGGGAGCCGCAGGGCGCCAGAGGGCGAAAGGUGCUGAGGGUCGACCCGGCGCUCCUGGCGGCGGCGGCGGCGCGGACGCCGAGCCCCGUCCGCCCGGACCGAGGAGGCCCGAAGCCCGACGCCUCGGCAUCAGGGAACAAAGACCCCCCCGAGGACUGGAGGUCGAAGCUCAAACCCAUCUCCAAACCCGCUGGUCCUUCACAGUCCUCCCCCAAGCCGUGGGCCAAUGGAGGGGGGGCGCCCCAGACCCCGGACGUGUCCCUCAGGCCGCCCUCCCCUCCUCAGCUUCAGCACCCGACCACAUCGGCCACUCCAUCAGCUGCAAAGGGAUUCCUGAAUCGUCAGAGAGACCCAACGGCAAAUGGCACCAAGUCGGAGUCGAAGAAGAUGAAGCCAGACUACAUCUCCAAAGAGGACAUCAUCAGGGAGCUGCAGGAGAUCGAGGACAACUUGAACCAGUGGGAGAAGAGGGGAGUGGAGCUGGAGGUGAAGCUCCGCGGCAGCGAGGGAGAAGGCGAAGAGGACUCUCUCAUGGACGAGGUCAUGGUCGAGUGGUUCAACCUGAUCAGGAACAAGCAGCUGGCCAUCCGCCGGGAGUCUGAGCUGGUCUACGUCGGGAAAACGCAGGACCUGGAGGCGGAGCAGCCCACGGUGGAGCAGGAGCUCCGCAGGCUGAUGGACAAACCAGAACGUCUGAAGACCCCCGAGGACCGGAGGAGGGAAAAGCAGCUGAUGGACAAACUGGUGGAGAUCGUCAACGACCGGAACGCUAUCGUAGAGGGUCUGGAUGAGGACAGACUCAGGGAGGACGAGGAAGACGAGGAGCUCAACAAGAUGAUGAUGAGUCUCAACGUGAAAAAGGACAAACCAAAGAAGAAGUCUCCGCUGUCCAAUCUGUUCGGCUGGAGGACCAAAAAGGAGGGAUGACGCCGCUUCUGCUUCUGCUUCCGCCAUCUUCUCCCCGUCGCCCGCCUGCUCCUGACGUCCUGCUUCAGGUCUCCUCCUUGUGCUCCAGGUCUCCUCCUUCUGUGUGCUCCUCUACUCUGACAAGGAGGGAGGGUGAUGAUCUGUGUGUGUGUGUGUGAGAUCUGUCAUCGCUUUCAGUAAAAUGCCCUUCCCUCUGUCGAGAGCAUCACUCAAGACCUGACGUUACUUCUGCCUGUGUCUCUCUCUCACACACACACACACACACACACACACACACACACACACACACACGCGCGAUGUUGAGGGGGUUUUAAAUGACUCACGAGACGCGACGUGAUUGGGUUCAGUGCUCCAGUGGAUCGUUUUUAAUACCCUUCUAGUCUUAAUCUGUCUACUUAAUUCUCCCUCCUAUCUGCUUACAUGUUGAAAUGUUGGUUGUGCAGAAGCCCAGAAGAAGAUGCUAAUGGGCUUUAGAGGAAAGGCUCGCGCUCUGCUCGGGGGGGGAGGCGUGCGUCGGCGUCUCCCGUCUGAGCCUCCGCGAGCCGCUCGCGCGUUGAGCCACGAUUUUUUCGAGGUCGGGCCGUUAAAUCUCGGACAAGAGGAGGUCUACUGGGCUCUAAUCCUCUGGACAAGUGGCUUACAACCAGAGGUUCAGGAGGUCCCGGGAAAACAAAAAAAAAAUAACAAAAAGCUGGAGAAAGAUCUACGGGAUGAAAGCAGACACUUUAUAAACUGGAGCUAUAACAGAGUCCCAACGUGAACAUGCUGAAUUGAGCACUCUGGGCUUUUAUUCUGAAAGGUUUUAUAUAUUGUGCAUAUGCCAUGGAAUAAAGACCAAACGAGCUUUGCAUUUUCUUUUCUUCCUCUUCAAUCUUUUUUCGGGGGUCUAUCCGUACCUGUAUUUUGUUUGCACCUGUGGAGAGUUUUGGAAAUAGUUUACGUUUUGUAUCCAGAGAAAAGGACAACCUCCUAAACUCUUUGUUUAAAUACCCAAACACACUCACAGCUUUCCCCUCAGCGGGCUCCCAUUUACUAAAAAACAAAUGACUGCAUAUUUGAAUAGAAUGAAGUGGGGGGGGGGGGACCGUUGAGGUUGCGUUUUCCUGAUGUUGUGCUUAAGCAGCUCGUGUGUUAUUUGUAGUGUACAAAGAACACGAUCAGUUGACCCCGAUGCUUUUGAUUCAGAGAAAUGCAACAACUGGUCCAUAUUGGAUCUGGAUGUGAACAUGUUUUAUAAUUGUGUGUGUGUGUGUGUGUUAAUUUGUGGGUUAUCCGCCGCUAAAGCCUAACUUCGCAUUUCUGUGUCGUGACCAAAAAUCGCUCAAUUUUGACACACACAUUUGUCAUAUUUUGCAGAAUGCAGCAUUGUGUGUAUACUUUUGUUUGGCUUCAUCUCAGCUGGAGGAUACAAAUGACACGGGGAACAGUCUGAUUAUUAAAGGACCUGGAGUUUACAUUGAUUUCUGCAGUCAAUCAACUCAUUUUAAUAAAAAUGCAUUAUUUUUCGGGUCACUGUUCUCUGCACUUGUGAUUUUCACUCAUUUCAAAAUAAAAUAACUUUAAUGGUGAA